AUGAAAAUCAUUAUCAUCCUAUCAGUAACUCUAGCAGUAGCUACAGCUGGCCUAAUCGGCUCAUCUCAAUCAUCUGGAGCCAAAGGAAAGCUUACAUGCCAUGGAAAGCCUCUAAGUGAUGUUCUUAUCAAAUUGUACGAUGAUGAUCGAGGUAUGACUUAUUUUAUGAUUGGGCUGGUGGAUUUUACCUUACAGUUACCUUCUUCAGGUUGUCCAAAUAAUUGUGUGCCCCUUUUCUUGAUGCAAAAAUUUUAAAAAGUAACAAAACAUGACCUUUUAGUUAUUUUCCAACGUAAAAUUUUAAAUUUUCAGGCCUAGAUGCUGACGAUUUUAUGGGAAAAACGACUUCUGACAAGGACGGUUACUUUGAACUUCAAGGAUAUUCAGAUGAAAUUAGCAGCAUUGACCCCAAGAUCAACAUUUAUCAUGAUUGUGAUGAUGGAUGGACGGUGAGUUUUUUCAUAAAAUUGUAUUCUUUUUUUAUUGAAAAUGUAAAACUGAAUUUAAAAUUUUUAAGCUAGUACUGUGAACUUUCUAAACUGGUACAGCGAACACUGAGAAUCCUUAAAAAUGUCAUUUUAAGCGCUUAAAAUUAUAAAACAUCAAAAAAUAGGGGUUCUUUUAUCAAUAUUUAAAAUUUUUCGCAACUAUAAUUUUAAUUUUACCUCAAGAACAUGCAAAAUAGCUAAGAUUCCCUUUAUUGACCUCCCUUCUAAAGUCCAACAGAAAACAAAGGGAGCAAAGCGUGUUCCUCGGUAGUAUAGUGGUAAGUAUCCGCGCCUGUCACGUGCGAGACCCGGGUUCGAUUCCCGGCCGGGGAGGAAUACUUUUUGUUGUAUUUUUGAUUAUUUUUUGGUAUUUUUUGCAUUAGUUAAAAGUUUUAAAAAUUAUAUUUAAUGUUAAAAGACCAUAUUUUUAAUUUUUAAGCAACAUUUUCGCGUAAUGUUCACAAAAGCGUUAAAAAUUUUAAAGAAUUUCAAUUUGUAGUGUAAGAAAACUAUAAAAAUCUGUAAAAAUAGCGGUUUUUAAUGCUUAAAAUAGGUAACAAACUUUGAAUUUUCAGUUUUUAUGGCACGCUUGACUAAUAUUUUUCCUAAAAUGAGGUUGAAACAACAACUUUCUUCAUAGAGCUUUAAAAAAUAUUAUUAACUUCCACCUGAUCAUUGAAUUCAAUGUGACAUUCAGCUUUUAAAAGGACAAAAAACAACUUUUUAUAACAAUUUACAAAAUCAAAAUAAAUGUCUUAUCUAUAAUUUUGUUGUUUUAGCCAUGUCAGCGCAAAAUUUCGAUCAUGAUUCCUGAUCGUUAUAUCACCAAAGGCAAGGUGGCUCAACAACUAUACGAUGCUGGUACCAUGGAAUUGUCCGGAAAAUUUCCAGGGGAAACGAGGGACUGUAUUCAUUAA